GUGGGCGGGGCGAGCCGGCAGGCGCGGAGACGAGCGAGCCCCCGGGCGGGGAGAGGCGGCGCCGCGCGGACUUGGCGGUGCCGAGCUCCCGGAUGUGGAGAAGCUGGGGCGAAGGCGUGGGAGGAAGAUGGACCCGGCGGAGAAGGGGGCCGCCACGUCGGUGUCCGCCCCGCGCGGGCGGCCUUCCCGGGGCCGGCCUCCGAAGCUGCAGCGCAACGCCCGCGGCGGCCCGGCCCGCAGCGUGGAGAAGCCGCCGCACCUGGCGGCGCUGGUGCUGGCGCGGGGCGGCAGCAAAGGCAUCCCCCUGAAGAACAUCAAGCACCUGGCGGGGGUUCCGCUCAUUGGCUGGGUCCUGCGCGCGGCGCUGGACUCGGGGGUCUUCCAGAGUGUGUGGGUUUCAACAGACCACGAUGAAAUUGAGAAUGUGGCCAAACAGUUUGGUGCACAAGUUCAUCGAAGAAGUUCCGAAACAUCCAAAGACAGCUCUACCUCACUAGAUGCCAUCAUAGAGUUCCUUAAUUAUCACAACGAGGUUGACAUUGUAGGAAAUAUUCAAGCUACGUCUCCAUGUUUACAUCCCACCGACCUUCAGAAAGUCGCAGACAUGAUCCGGGAAGAAGGCUAUGACUCUGUCUUCUCUGUUGUGAGGCGCCAUCAGUUUCGAUGGAGUGAGAUUCAGAAAGGAGUUCGUGAAGUGACUGAGCCCCUGAACUUGAACCCCGCGAAGCGGCCUCGCCGACAGGACUGGGACGGUGAAUUGUAUGAAAACGGCUCCUUUUACUUCGCUAAACGACAUUUGAUAGAGAUGGGCUACUUGCAGGGUGGAAAAAUGGCAUAUUAUGAAAUGCGAGCUGAGCAUAGUGUGGAUAUAGAUGUGGACAUCGAUUGGCCAAUCGCAGAGCAAAGGGUGCUCAGAUUUGGCUACUUUGGCAAAGAGAAGCUCAAGGAGAUAAAACUCUUGGUGUGCAAUAUUGAUGGGUGUCUCACUGAUGGCCACAUUUAUGUAUCAGGUGACCAAAAAGAGAUCAUAUCGUAUGAUGUGAAAGAUGCUAUUGGCAUCAGUUUAUUAAAGAAAAGUGGAAUUGAGGUGAGGCUCAUCUCAGAGAGGGCCUGCUCCAAGCAGACACUCUCCUCCUUAAAGCUGGACUGCAAAAUGGAGGUCAGCGUGUCUGACAAGCUGGCCAUCGUAGACGAGUGGCGGAAGGAAAUGGGCCUGUGCUGGAAAGAAGUGGCCUAUCUGGGGAAUGAAGUGUCCGAUGAAGAAUGCCUGCAGAGAGCAGGCCUGAGCGCCGUGCCUGCUGACGCCUGCUCCGGGGCCCACAAGGCAGUCAGCUACAUUUGCAGAAGCACUGGUGGCCGUGGGGCCAUCCGGGAGUUCGCAGAGCACAUUUUCCUGUUGAUGGAAAAAGUUAAUAACUCAUGCCAAAAAUAGAGAUUAGCGAGUGUCAGGAAAGCGGGGGUCAGCCUUUGGAGCCCCGCUGCUCUUUGAUUACGUGCAGUUCCGUGUGUAGCAUUGCAGACGUGAUCUGAUUUGUAGUAUCCCUUACUAUCUUUUCAAAGCAAAGUCCUCUCAAAUCACUCUUCCGAACCCAUGAGAUGCGCUCUGCUUUCCUCUUGGUGCAGGGUGACUGGGGAGAGAGAAAUCUAGUCUUUCUCAGAUGUUUAGUGAGUGCAGGUUCAGACAUCCUAAAAAAUCAACUUUGUAUCGUACCCUGUAAAACUGUGUUUGUGUGGUUUUAAUGAUGCUGGGAUUUUAUUUAUUUAAGGCAGCGUGUCUGGUAAGACAUAUGCCCUCUGUUAAUGAAUAAAGUUACAUUUCACAAACUUGA